GGUAGACUGAGCAAUGUAGUGAGAGCUUACAUCAAAAUAAACAAUAGAAAGGGCUGAGAAUGUAACUCAGUGGUUAAGUGCCCCUGGGAUUAAUCCCCAGUACCCUCCGACACCCAGGGUCAGGGAGAGUCUGGUGGAUCACAGUGGAGGGAACCCAGGACGAAGAGAGAUGGGUGGAGGGUGAAGCCAAGGUGGACCAGUAGUUGUGCAGUGAAAGGAAGCAGGCUGAGAGGUGUCCUGGUUGAUGGCACGGCAGACAGAGCCCGAGGACCCUUUCAACUUUCCAAGGGCAAAGGUGUGAGAGGACAAAGGCCAGGAGGUGGGACUGGACUUGGCAGUGGGUUUGGGAUCCAGGUGGGCAGGUAUAAAUUGAAUAGGCCCCAGUCCCUUGUGAUUCCAUCAGAGGGAAAGGUCUUGGGGAUGGGGGAGGAGCCAUAAGAGCUUGUCAGUCAGGAACUGAAGGUGGACACAGAUUGACAGACCCACUUAAAAUUUUCUGCUGUGGGUCUUGCGCCUCACUGCUCACCUGUGUGACCGUGUCUUCUGCUCUGUACAGUGGAGCACUAUUGUCCCCAUUGACGAUAUCCUGAUUGGCAAGGUCAUAGCUGUGGGUCCAGAAAGUUGAAUACAAACUGAGUUAGUCCACUUUACAGGGUGUGACUCCCAGCCUCAUGUUCCCACAUGUCAAUACCAGGUCUCUUCCCGGAGUUGGCACACUGCAGAGUCCCUGGGUCUUUUGUGUUGAGGCGAAGGUCUGCAGCCCAGCAGGGAGUUCAGCUGGACAAAUACGUGGCCCUUUUGCCUACAGAUGCGGUUCCGUUUUGGUGACGUGUUCAGCCUGCAGCUGGCCUGGAAGCCUGUCAUUGUGCUCAAUGGGCUGGCCGCUGUGCGGGAGGCGCUGGUGAACCACAAUGAGUACACCUCCGACCGCCCGUGGAUGCCCAUCUAUGAGCACCUGGGCUUCGGACCACGGUCUCAAGGUGUGAUCAUGGCAACCUAUGGACAUGCCUGGCGUGAGCAGCGGCGCUUCUCUGUGUCCACCAUGCGCAACUUUGGCCUGGGCAAGAAGUCCCUGGAGCAGUGGGUGACCAAGGAGGCCAGCUGCCUCUGUACAGCCUUUGCCAACAAGGCUGGAAGCCCCUUUAACCCCAUGUCCCUGCUGAAGAGAGCAGUGUGCAACGUGAUCUCCUCCCUCAUCUAUGCCCGACGCUUUGAGUAUGAUGAACAGCGCUUGGCCAAGAUUCUUGACCUUCUGGAGGACACAGUGAAGGAGGAUUCCGGCUUUAUGCCCAUGGUGCUGAAUGUGGUCCCAGUGCUCCUGCGCAUCCCCGGGCUGCCUGGCAGGGUCUUCCCUGCACAGAAGGCCUUCAUGGCCAUGGUGGAUGAGCUGUUGGAGGAGCACAGGAUGACCUGGGACCCAGCCCAGCCACCGCGAGACCUGACUGACGCCUUCCUGGCGGAGGUGGAGAAGGCCAAGGGGAACCCUGAGAGCAGCUUCAAUGAUGAGAACCUGCGCAUCAUGGUGCUUGAUCUGUUCACCGCGGGGAUGGUGACCACUUCGACCACGCUGGCCUGGGCCCUCCUGCUCAUGAUCCUGCACCCGGAUGUGCAGCGCCGUGUCCAACAGGAGAUUGAUGAAGUGAUAGGGCAGGUGCGGCAGCCAGAGAUGGGGGACCAGGACCGCAUGCCCUUCACCAUGGCUGUGAUUCACGAGGUGCAGCGUUUUGGAGACCUUGUCCCUCUAGGUCUACCCCACUCAACAACCCGUGACAUUGAGUUGCAGGGCUUCUUCAUCCCCAAGGGGACGAUGCUCAUCACCAACCUGUCGUCUGUGCUGAAGGAUGAGACCGUCUGGGAGAAGCCCCUCCACUUUCACCCUGGACACUUCCUGGAUGCCCAGGGCCACUUUGUGAAGCGGGAGGCCUUCAUGCCUUUCUCAGCAGGCCGCCGUGUGUGCCUCGGGGAGCCCCUGGCCCGCAUGGAGCUCUUCCUCUUCUUCACCUGCCUCCUGCAGCGCUUUAGCUUCUCGGUGCCCCCUGGACAAGCCCAGCCCAGCGACUAUGGCGUGUUUGGUACCAUAGUGACCCCGUCCCCCUACCAACUGUGUGCUAAGUCCCGCUAGAGGAGGUGCAGACCCCAACCCUGCCUCCAGACGGGGCUCUGAUGUUCAAUAAACCAGUCUUGUCACUGCCACUUUAUUCUGAGAUGCCCCUGGCUCUGUUGGGUCCUCAGCCACGUGUCUGAAGCCAACCCUCGUCCCUGCUUUUUUUUAUCCUGCUACUUUGCUGAAUCAUUUUUCCUCCCCCCACUUUUUUUUUAAAUUUCCCUUUUGUACCAGGGAUUGAACCCAGGAGCACUUAGCCACUGCUAGCUGUGGCCGCAGGUCUUCAUUUAAAAAAUAAAAAAGGGAACGAUGUGGAAAGUCGUGACAGAGAAUGGGAGAGCAGUGGCUGAGAUUGGGGUCUCUGGUGACCUCAUGACUGUGGUGAGCCUGAUAGUGGGAAAGUUCCCAUGCAAGGACACAGGAUUCCUAGUUCCUCCCUGCAUGAGGAGGCUUUGCGGAGGAGUCUUAUCAGCUUUGGCCUUGACCCCAGGUACACAGCUCCUGGGGACAGAGUAACUGUCCUCCUAGACAAUCACAGCAUCACCAGCACCUCUGCUCCCUGGCCUGUCUGCUUAACAGUAACUUUAAACAAUGGGCCCCCUUGAGCGCUCUCCAAAGCUCCUGACAUUGCACACUCAACUGUGGAACAGCUGCAUAGAUGUCUCUAGUUCUGUAACUUUCCGGCGUACAAAGAAUAAUGCUUGCAUAGUCUUUAACCUAAGGAGACAUAUAUAAAUAAAGCUUGCUGGCUUAACUCUAGAUCUGCUUCUCCUCCUGACCCCAGCUUUAUCUUCAAAA